AUGGGAACGGAAAUGGAAAUGGAUUCUUGUAGGCAUUCUUCAUCAUUCACAGUCUCUCCCGAGACAGAGAAGUUCCUGUGCGACAGAUUGCUUGACCAAGAACAACCCAUUUCGGAGCGCUUCAGAGCCCUCUUUUCACUUCGUAAUCUCCGCGGCCCUGCCCCCCGCAACGCUCUCAUAGCCGCAACAGGAGAUUCAUCAAAUCUGCUGGCGCAUGAGGCUUCAUUUGCAUUGGGCCAGAUGCAAGACGUCGAUGCUAUCCCUGCUUUGAAAGCAGUUCUUAAUGAUCUCUCUUUACAUCCCAUUGUCCGCCAUGAGGCUGCAGAAGCUCUUGGUGCGAUUGGUUUAGAGAUCAAUAUUCCUUCUUUAAAGAACAGUUUGGUUUCAGAUCCGGCUCAGGAGGUCCGAGAAACAUGUGAAUUAGCUCUUACUCGAAUUGAGGAACUGAGGAGUGUCCAAAGCAAUGAUGAAUCAUCCACUUUGAGUUCUUCACCCUUUUUGUCGGUUGACCCUGCUACACCUGCUUCUUGUUCUUCUACUGAUCUAUUAAGGGAAGUUCUUUUGAAUCAAGAAAAGGGCAUGUAUGAACGCUAUGCAGCUCUUUUUGCACUUAGAAAUCAAGGAGGAGAUACAGCUACUGAGGCUAUAAUUAAUUCUUUGCGUGCAAAGAGUGCUCUCUUGCGGCAUGAGGUUGCUUAUGUAUUGGGCCAAUUGCAAAACAAAAGUGCUUCAGCUGCACUUUCCAGAAUCCUUAAGGAUGUGAAUGAGCACCCAAUGGUUAGACAUGAAGCUGCUGAAGCUCUUGGUUCUAUAGCAGAUGGCCAUUGCAUUGCACUUCUUGAGGAGUUUGCGAAGGAUUCUGAACCUAUUGUCGCACAGAGCUGUGAAGUAGCUUUCAGCAUGCUGGAAUUUGAGAGAUCAGGCAAAUCUUUUGAGUACCUCUUCAUGCAGACGCCUCAAGUUCAGGAAACCUCAUAGCAAACUGGUUCCUGCAUUAGAAAGGGGUGGGCCUUCUAUCUGGAAAGAAUUCAGCUCCAAGAUGAAGGUUAUUCAUGUGCCUGCAGGCAUCUUGCCAAUUGUUUCACAAUAGUUUUGUGUCACGGAAAGUUGAGGGACUCCCCUCCCAGAGUUCUAGUUGUCAAGUUGGACUUCUUCAACACGAAACCUCGAAAAAGCUAGUAUCACGUAGGAGCCCUUGUAGAUCAGUUUGGAGCUCUUACAUACAGUUUUCCCUAUGACAUUUGCUGCACUUACAAGCUAUUAAUCUCUGCUCCUUUCUGCGUUACUGUCUUUUGCCUCAACCAUGGCAAAUCCGGGCAAUAUUUCAACCAUAACAAAAUGAUCGUGAUGGUUGCAAUGUCAGCUUUACACUAGUGUAUUUGUAUUAGUUAGUAACUUGCCAUUGGAAUGGACAAAAAAUUUCAAGAAUUGAACAUUUGUUGAAGUUC